CUCCAAACGACGCUCCUUUUCUCCUGCACCGGAAAUUCUAGAAUCCGGCCAGUUCCACGUGUGUAUGAUCCCCCCUCCCCUCAUCUUUCACAUCCACGUCAUCAAAAUCUCAACAAACUCUGACAACAGAGAAUAUUCUCGUACCCUCAUGCGAUUUUCUUUCAUCUCUUGGACGAAUUUUGGAGAGAAUGGGAGCCGUAGGAUUUGAAUUACUAAAAUCCUAUCCUUCCAUUUUAUCCGAAAUUAGUCAAAAAAGAGCAAAAAUCAGGAAUUUUUCGGAUUGGUUGGCUUGGGGAGCAAGCAUGGAAGUUUCUGGAGCUUCUAUAUAUUUGGGCUCGUUUUCAAACCAAGGGGUUUUUUCAGACAGAGAUUAGGAGAAAAAAAAUCAGAAAAAAUUGGAGAAAAGGUUCUAGGGUUCUUUUCAGUUUUUGAGUUUUUUUUGGUUUGCUUUCCAGAAAAAUAAAAAUACAAAAAUAGUUUGAGUUUAGAUUUUUGUUGGAAUUUUUGUUUCCAUUUCGAAAAAUCAGAAAAUAUCCCAAAAAUACUUUAGUUUCUUCUUGUGAUUUUGGUUUCGAUAUGGACUCUGAUUGAGGUUGGUUCGAGUUCAUCGGCGCCGUUCGAGUUGUUGCUAUUGAUCUGCGGUUCCUGCCCGUUUCCUGUUGCUAAGUCGCGUUGUGAACUUCGGAGUCGAAAUCUCUGUAUCUAUUGCAUUUUUGUAUAGUGGAAAAGCUUCGCUCAAACAGGUAUGGAUCCACUUACCAAGGCUAGAGUGUCAAUGGUGGUCAAAGUCCCUAGAAGGCUAGUAAAAUGGUGGAACAUGUUCACACUUGAGCAGCAUAAUUUGAUGGGUAAAUUAGGGACUCUUAUUUCUUUAAUGGACAUUACCCCCCCAUCCCGAGAGGCGAUGCUGACAUUUUGGGACCCACAGGGAAUGGUAUUUAAGUUUGGGGAUCUUGAGAUGACACCCACUUUAGCUGAGAUAGCCGGGUUGACUCGCUUGCCAUACCUAGACAAGGAUUUAAUUUACACAAGGGCUCAUUCAAGCACCAAGUUCCUUAAGAUCAUAGGGAUGGAUUUAUAAAAUCACAUGGGAUGUCUGGAUCAAUCUUGGGUACCCUUGGACUUUUUAUUCGAGAGGUUUGCUCGUCUUACUGGGUAUGAGACCUUCGUAGAUAAAUUUUCCAUAUCAUAUGAUUCUUGGAAGAAGAGGUGUCCUAUGGUCUUCGCUAUUGCAUUGUUGGGUCUCCUGGUAUUUCCUUUGGAGGGUAGACAUAUUAGCACACGUCUGGGGUCAAUAGCCUUUGCACUUUUCCAUGAUAAACACAGUAGUAAGGUCACCUUGGUUCCGACAAUUUUGGCAGAGAUCUAUCGUGCUUUGACCAGGAUUAGAGAAGGUGAGAGGUUCUUUGAGGGAAGUAACUUGUUGCUACAGCUGUGGAUGAUGGAACACUUACAUCCCACCACCAUGUUUGAGAAAGAUGUGAUCGACCGUUGUCUGAGAGAUCGAGUGAAGUGCAUCGAGCAUAGAAUGACGUUCGAUAAGUUUGCCUUACUACUCGGAGUUCAGGCUUGGAUUGAUUACUUAGGAUCCUUGACUGAAGAGAAGAUUUUGUGGUCAUACCUUUGGAUUGAUUUGGACGUGAUCUUAGCAGGAUCUCGCGUGCAAGACUUCCCGGUACUGAUUGGACUUUGGUGUACUAGACCAUAUACCCCUGUUAGAGUGAUGCGUCAGUUAGGGAGGCGGCAAGAAGUCCCCUACAUUCCUGGUUCUCGUGACUUCAUUAGGGAGUUUGACACUAUGCCUCACAGGGAGGUCGACAUCUAGACCUAUUGGCAUCAUGCAAUGAAGAUGGGUAGAGAUACUUUAGCAGCUGACCCGCAUUCACCUGGGUAUACCCAUGAGUACUUCAUAUGGCUACAGUCUACUCACCGGGGGGUUAGCAGGCCAUUGCCCCGACGUGUUAGAGGAGUAUUUGACGAGGAGGCCACCUUACGGAUAUUGCUUAGACAGUUGAUGGAUCGAUUUACCCAGGCAGAGGAGGCCCAUGCAGCAGAAAGGGUUGGGGUUCGAGCUACACUUCAGUCAUUGAGAUCACAGUUGGCAGAGUUGGUAGAGAACAUGGGACAACACCGUGAGUACCUUACUAGAGUCAGCCUUCCAGAUGCAGGCGCGCAUUCCAGGGUUCUCAUUCCCAGUUUCGAGGUGUCUUUGCAGGGUAUAAUACAGAGCUUAGAUUCGACAGGAUUGACGGGGCCAUUCGGAUCUUCAUCAGACCCAUCCCAGCCAGGACCGUCGCAUUCAGGAGAAGCUUGAGGAGUCAUUCUAUUUAGGUGUUUUGAGAUUGUCUUAUGUUGUCCUUUACUUUCGUCUCUUGUCUAGGAGUAUUGAGUCCCUUAGGUAGUGUCAGAGUCUGUCGUAGUGUAGUUGAGUCUGUGAGGUCUUUCAUUAUCGUACUUCCUAUGUAUUUUAAUACCGAAAAAUUUUCAAAUGAAAAA